AUGGCAGAGAUUACUCAGUGUUUAAAGACACUCUACCUCCAACAAGACUCUUUAACAAAACUUCAUCAAGUAGCGUUGGAGAGUGGGUUAAACAAGAGUCUCCGUCCAUUGGCUUGGAGAAUCUUUUUAGGUGUUUUGCCUUCAGAAUUUGGUGAGGGAUGGGAAAAGAUCAUUCAAAAGCAACGGGAAAAAUACAUAUCUCUUCGAGCAAAGCAUUGGGACAAUAAAGAGAUGUUGGACCCCAAACCAAAGUUCAUUGACCCCCUUGCUCCACCAACAGAAAACCCUGUUGUAAAAGAGAAUAAAGACAUUUUGAGAAGGGUGGAAGGUGACGUUCAAAGACUUUUUUCCGACCAAGAGUAUUUCACUAACACUGAAUUGAGGAAUAAGAUCACGAGAAUGUGUUAUGUAUUUGCAAAGGAUAAUCCUUUGAAAAACUACCAACAAGGUUUCCAUGAACUAAUGGCUAUCUUAUACCAUACUUUUGAUACCGAUAAUACUACUACUGUAUUUAUCAAGUCAUGUGAAGAACUCGACUUAACUGACGAUGAAAAGAGAAUACUGAGAUGUGUGUUGGACAAAGAACAUUUAGAAGAAGACAUUUACACUAUUUUUGAGUUCUUAAUGAAGGAUUUGGGAGACUUCUAUCAAUCCAAAGACGCCAAAAUCGACGACAAAAGAUCAAGAAUACAAGAGAAGUGUGACGAGAUCUUCGGGUACUUGAAUACGUACGACGGACAAUACCACUCACUGUUAGUCAAACAUGAGGUCAUCAACAUUUUUGCAAUCAAAUGGAUUAAGAUGAUGUUUGCCAGAGAGUUUUUGUUGAAUGAUGUUGUGAUUAUUUGGGACUCUCUGUUUGCGUUUGGUAAAAAGCUGAAACUGUUGGAUGGAUUUUUCCUUGCUAUGUUGCACUUUGUUCGCAAUGACAUUAUUGAAAACAACGACCAAGUCUACACGAUGAAAAGGGUGAAUAAAUUUCCACCUGUUGAAAACCUUCAUAAUUUGAUAACUUUAGCGAUCAAUAUAUCCGAGGGUAAACCGCCAGUCAUAGUCAAAAAGGUCGAGCCACAACAUGAAAAGAUCACAUCGAAAUUGACUGGAUUCUUCAUAGGGAAGAAAACAAAAGAAGAGAAUAAAGGACACGAGAAACAAUUUGUGGAUAAAACAUCAACCCCAUCGACUAUGGAAGCUAUAGAAUCGAACGAAACACCAUCAUGGAUGUCAGAAAGUCCUUGGGGAGAGACAGUCACAGGAAAGAAAAUUCGAGCGGUGAAUGAAAAUGCGGAGAAGGCCAAAGCCGCCGAGAAUCAUAAAAUACUGAAACAAAGCAUCGACCAAUUAGAGGCGGAAAACAAGAAAGAACCUCUCGAUAUCGAGGCGAUCAAACGGAUCGUCGAGGAUCUGAAGCUCUCGUUGAAUUGA